AUGUAUCAUGUUUACAUCAUCCGUCAUGGCGAGAAAUCCCGCAACCCCGAGGACUCCGGCUUGAACGCCGACGGCUCCAAGCGAGCCCAAUGCCUCCGAGACGUGUUCGGUGUCAACUCACCAUAUGACAUCGGCUAUAUCGUCGCCCCGAGGCCAAACAGAUAUGGUCAACACAGACGCUCAUUCGAGACCGUCCUCCCGCUCGCCAUCGGCUUAGAAUAUCCAGAGGACCGCUUCGAUUUGAUCUGGACUGUUCCGUUUCCUUAUGACCAUAUCACGGAUUUCAGGAGCGAAGGAUGUCCUGGUCUCGAUACUCGGUCAUUACUCCAGGUCCAAGGCUGA